AUGGGCUACGGGGGUCCCUCGAGCAAGUACCGGCCAUCUGCAAAUGAGAGCGAAAUUAUCGCUGCAGACGACUUCGGCUUCGUCUGCGCUGAUCUCAGACUGGGUCCCUCGAAGACGUCGUCCACGCAAUCCAAGCCCCAAACUCCUCCUCGUGCAUCCGCACAGGACGGCUCUCGGCAAUCCUGGGCUCGGUAUCGGUCUCCGGCUGUAUCUCCUGCCCUGUCGAGCGCAUCCACCGCCGACGGCGAGGCGUCUCCCGACCUCCCGCCUCUGCCAGCCCCACGGCUUCCCGACCGGGUGCGCGGGCUGUUGAGGACUCCGCCGCCGAAUCCUGACGAGGGCGAAGCUUCCCGGUACGACGACGCCACGCACUGGGGCUCUCCGUAUCCUCUACACCUACGCCGAGACAGCUUCAGUAGCGAAGCGUCGGAGGACUCCCCGAUUCAUCAGCUAGAGCUCCGGACCCCAUUCCUGCGACCUGUCCCCGCCGACCAAGAUUCGCAAUUGGACGCCCAGCAGCCUGCAAUCAGUGCAGCCGCCGCCGUUCUUGCGAAUCGCGCGAGGCGAGUCCCGCACGGCCUUACCGAGGGCUGGAUCCGCCACCACACGGCCGGCGACAGUGACUCGGAAAAGCGCCAUUGGUUCAGCGACGGCACCGGCGAUAGUGAGAACUCUUCAUUGAGCGGCUCAUUUUCUGGUGAAGACGCUGCUUGGCUGGGGCACAGCGACAUCCUGACGCCCAGAGCAAACCGGCAGCUAGAGAACAACCCGCAGAUAUCUCGAGGCCGACCUAGAAAGAAGUCAAGUAUCGAGACAUUGAAGCAAGCUCUCCUCGAGAGCAAGGAAAGAGACGGGCCUGCAAAGAUGGCGUCUUCCGAUGAGAUGACAUCGCCCGAUAGCGCAACACAACACGCCGUUCCUGAUAUCCCUCAGGAGUCAAUAUCCACAACCGAGAGGCCCAGCACACCAAAUGCCAACGGCGAUGCAGCCGUUAACAGAUCAGCCGCAGGGCAUAGCGGCGGACCUAAUGUACCCACAACUCCCUCAAGACCGCCUAUCAAAUGGGCUGCUAGCACAGCAUCGCCCCGUUUAAAAAAGAAGGUCCCCUGGAAGGGCAAAAACAUCAUGGUUCUCCUGCCUAGGGAUGAUGAGCGCGGCCAGCUAGGCAAGGCACCGAUGCCUCUGAAGCAAUCCGAUGUCGAUGGCAUGCUGCGGGACUGGGAGCAACUUGGCUACAGCAUCAGAGGGUUUGACUUGGAUAAGCCCGCCGGGCCGUUUGCGCCGGGGGAGCAGUCUCAGAGCAGGGGUGCCUGGCCCGACUUUGACGAAGUCGUGCGAGAGCGGAAAGAGGGAAGCUGGAAAGUGCUCCUUCCGGACCUGAAUGCAUGGAAGAGAUAUGUCGACGAGUUGAACGAGGCAAAGCUUCGCGCGCUCGGCGUUUCAUUUGGAGAGGACGACCCUCCUGCUCCGUCCAUCUCACCAGCUUCCACCAUAAGUCGCCAAGCUUCAGUCAACCAAUAUCCACCUCUACCUUUCUCGCCGCCGCUGCCAACGUCAUCGGCAUCCAGCAACCAGGCGAACCAGGCAUUCCCGUUCCCUACCUCGUUUUUGUCUUCCGCCCCCCAGAGCCCUGGCAUUCCGACUGGCGGAUCGCCCGCAUCUUUUGCCGGGAAAUACAACCCUCGAGCUUCUAUUUCUAUUCCAUCUCCUCAUGGAUGGUCGCCGCAGAUGAUGCUGCCGCAGGGCCAUCGUGUUGGCUCGCCAUCGCUUGCUAACCUCAACGCGAUGAUGUCACCGACCUCUCCGUUCUCUGUCGACGGCAUGCCUGGCCCUCCUUCACACCAACGGCACCAGUCACUUCAGUUCCCCUUGCUUCCACACCAGUUCCAGCAACAGGCAAGGUCUUCGCCUCGCUUACAAGAGCUUCGCGAGGUGGAUGAAGAGGCUCCGAGCAAGAGCCCCUCGAAAACCCCCGAGCCUAGUUUCGUUCGUCACAAUGCCAGCAACAGCCUUCAGAAAGAGAUUGACGAGGCCGAGUACCAUUUGGAAGAGCAGAUGCGAACGCAGCUCGACAAUGACGAGGAUUAUAGUCCCUAUAACCAGAACGCGAGCGCAGAGACAGAUCCUGCGUCAUCUGCUGUCUCUCAGGCUGUCGAGCCGUCUGUUCAGUUUGCGCCGCAACCUCCGCGCUUCGGCGGGGCUGCAGAUAACGUUGUUUUGCAUCACCCAAGGCCUCAUAGCCGCGGUCAUUCUCUGUCUCAGAAGUACUUUACCGAGGAGGACGUAUCUAGGGAUGGAGCUUUCAGGCCGACAUUGCAGAGGGUCGCGACACAAUCGGCCGAAGAGUCUGAAAUCGAUACCAACCCCAGCAACUUGGGCACGCCCGUCCAAUCAUUCGACUUCUCGAAGUUGCUGCAUCAGCGAUCAUUGUCGACUGCUAGUAACCCCUGGACUGAUAACGAGUCAGGAAAGUCUGCCAGUGGCUCUGGGCCGAGGCGUUCGAGCCACAGCAGCAAGCCGUCGUUGUCGAAGCUCAACGUGGAAGCCCCCGAAUUCAAGUUUAACCCGGCGAACACGUUCAAGCCUGGGCAAUUUGUGUUCUCGAGCAACUCAUUCCAGCCUUCGGUAUUCAACGCCGGCCUGACCCUGCCAACCUCGAAUCAGUUCAGUCUGCCGGCCAUUGCAUCCUCUAAAAUCAACGUCAAUGCUCCAAUCUUUGCGCCUAGCCACAUCGACUUCAGCUUUUCGGCUGCUGGGCCCAAGUUCCGUCCAGAUGCGCCAGCUUUCACGCCCCACUCUCUGUCGAACUCGGUUGCCAACUCGGUUACGAAACCCCUGUCAGGGGACGAGUCCGAGAGCAAGCUACCGAUUUCCAUCUUCGGCAACAUCGAUAUCAGUAACGCGGAAAUAGUACUUCCCGCGAAGAAAUCUAAAGCUGUUCCCAUUAUUCGACCUGAAAGCCCCGAGCCUCCUCGUCCUGACGGAGUACGAGAAGGGCCAGAUGGCCGCAUGAUUGACGAUUCUCGUAUCAAGAGGGCCCGGGCUAAUGGAAAAGACGACGAUGCAGUGCCGUUGUUUGCGCUACCCACUGAGGAGCUCACGCCUAUGCCGGAGUCGCGGCCUGAGACACCUGACGGGGAAGAGGUCAUUCCCUCGGAGGACAAGUCCUUUGACGAGUCCAAUCACGGUCAGGCAGACACAACCAUGUCCUCUACGAUGGUAUCUGAGACGACAGACACCCAAGCGACUGUCAGCCCGUCAGAGACAUCUCCCGACCAGGCUCCCAUGAAUUGGGCACCUUUCGAGUUUAAGAGCACCGCCGACCUGCAAGCAUUUAACGAUGCCAGACCGAUGGGUGACAGUGGCUUUAAGCGUGGCCACAAGAACUCACUGUCGGCAACGGCCAAAGCAUUUGUGCCUGGGGUGUCAGGAUGGGAAGGGGCCGCCGACGAUUCAGCGGAUGAUUCGACCAACGAGCCCGCUGAAUUGCCUGCCGAAGUGCCUGCUGACGAGCCUGCCGAAGAGCUUGCAGAAGAGCUCGACUCGGCACUGCAAGUUGAUGCCGCACCGCUGGACAACUUGGCUGCAGAAGCGCGGGACGAACCCAUUGACAAUGGAAUCGAAGAAACAGUGGUUGAGUCGAUCGAGACGCCGGUUAAGGAGUCCGUUCAAGAAGCUGCCGAGCCUCUACAAUCUGUCGCUCUUCCUGCCAGUGCGUCUGCUACGCCCCCACAGGCACCCAACUUCCCCCGGUUUGCCAUCACCCCUUCCCUGCAUAUUGUAGCUCCUCCAAAGCCAAAGGGAUUAGCAGCGUCUCGUUUCGCUCGAAGCCCUUCCCCCCCGCCAGGGGCAGUUUCGCUCCCAAGGGCGGUUCCGCUACCAACAGCAGCCACCGCUUCGCGAUUUGCUGCUAGUCCCUCGCCUCUCGACGAGACAGAUGAGACCCACGGCAUGGUAUCACCACUUGAGCCCGAAGAUGUCCAGCAGCCUUUGGUUCUUCCUUCUGAGAGCUUGUCUCCUAUCUCGGGAGAGGAGUAUGUGGAGGGAGUUGAAGAUAAUGAACCAAGUUUGGCAGACAUCGAUGCGAUUAUGCGUCAUCUCAACGAGAACCCCAACAUGGGCGUCAACAAGAAGGUUACCAGCGAGCCCCAAUGGCAUCAACCAAGCCCUACUCGCCAUAUUUCUCUUGCUGCCGUCACCCAGGCUUCGCCGCUGCACUUGCCUCCUCAGAGCUAUUUCCGAAGCGAUGCUCCUAGUCCGAGCCCGCGCCAAUACCGCUCAAUUCCCGUUGAUGUAUCGCAGCCAAUUCUGUCAACCGAAUUGGAGGAUCCAUUCGUGGACCCGCCCCAGAGCACUCUGUCUCUCGACGGCCCUGUUCACCGCCUCAAUGGUAGUGAGAGUUUGCCGGCUAGCGACUGGGAUGGCGCUUUCAGUGAGGACGAACAGACGAAGCUCGAGGCUCGGGUCAACUUCUUUGACGGCCACGUCAAUGAGCUUGUUGGUGGUCUUCUUGCUGCCCGCCUCGGUCCUCUUGAGCAUACCCUGGAUGCUAUCAAGCAUGCCUUGGCAGGCACAUCUAGGGAAACCCCGGCCAGCCGACGGGAAAGACGCAGUAUGUCUGCUGAGAUCCGUGAGAGCGAUGCGGAUGACGAGGACGAUGAAAUGCCUGUGCCCAGGCGCUCAAUGAGCCCUCGUCGGGAUCGGAGAAUGGAACAGAUUCGAUCCACAGUUUUGGAGGCUUUCGCAGCCCAUCAACGCAGCCAACCACAAAAGGAGGCUUCUCCUGUACCUGCUCCUGCGCCGGCUGACAAUUCGGCAAUCAUUGCGGCUCUCGCGGAGAUGAGAGAUCAGUUCAGUCAAUCGCUGCACCUCGACUUCCGUGGCGAGGAUCUCAGAAACAUCGUGGAAGAGGCGGUCGAGCGCCGCAUGCCUCCAACUCCUCCUCAGGUCGAGGUUGAAAACAAAGACAAGGUCAACGAGCUCCAAACUCGUCUUGAAGAGCUUGAGCAGCGUCUCAGGCGUGAGGAGACCAAGGUAGAGACCGAAGUCGCUGUUAGACGGGCUGCCGAAGAUCGCGCAGCAGAACUCGGCCGGGAGCUCCAGUCCGCUGCCACCAAGAUUGAGGUUGAGAUGAUGAACAAGAGCGCCCUCAACCAGCGGAUUGGCGACGUCGAGGAUCGCAUUAAUCAUGCAGAACGGGAGACCGAAGAGGAAGUUAAGGGCCGACGAGCUGCUGAAGAUAGGCUCGCAGAAGUCCAAAGGCUCCUUCGCAUAUCCUCCGAGGAAGAAGUCCGGCUGAGAGAACAGGCUGAAGAGCGCGAGCAGAAGAUCAAGUCUGUCGAGGCAACGCAUAGCAAGAGUGCCAUGCGUCUGACGCUUCUAGAGGCCGCGCAGUCCAAUGCCCAACAAUCGCAGAGCGAAGCACAGAACCGCAUUAAUAUCCUCGAGGUUGAUUUGCGGGAUGCUCGGCAAGAAGUCCGCCACUGGCGAUUCGAGACGGACCGGCUCUCUGAGACUGCCCAGAGACAGGGUGAUGAUCUCGCUCAAGCCCUGGGCGAGAAGAAAGCCUUGCACAAGCUCAUCGACACUCUCGGCACACAGUUGCACGAGAGCGAGCGCAUUCGUGACAGCUGGCGCACAAAGUUUAUCACCAUCCAGGAAGACAUGGCACAAUCUGCGCAGCGUGUCACGGAGGAGAAUGCUCAACGCGCAAAGAAGGAACAGGCUAUGCUGGCUCGACAAGAGGUCUUGGACGCUAGACUCCAGGCAGAGGCAAAGACCCGGGAGCGCAUCGAAACGGAGCUUGAGAGACUGGAGGGUCUUAUCAUCGACCUGCGCAACGAGAACAGCAACCUGCAGCAGAGCACUCUGCGCUUCCAAGCCGAGUUCCAGGAAGCUAGGGAAUCUGGUGCUCGAGAAGUCCAGCGCACGCGCGAGUCGAUGCAGGCCGAGGUGGAAAGUGCGAACCAUCAAGUCAACGUUAUCCGCGAAGAACUCGACAUCCAGUUGGCUAGAGCCCGGAGCCAAUUCGACCAGGUCAAGAUGGACGCAGACACGGCCAAGGCUCGCUAUGAGAUGCUUCUAGAGGAGGCACAGAACUCCAAGAAGGCGGAUCUUGAGGAGCUCAAGCUCAAGCACCAGAACGAGAUGGAAGAUCUGCAAACCCGCCACGAACGCCAAAUCAGCAAUACAACCGAAGACGCCCAGCGAACCGAGCAAAAUCUCCUUGAACGGUUGAGCAUUUCCACAUCCAAGCUGACCGACGUACAGGAGAAGCUUGAGAUUGCAAAGGAGGCUGCAAAGGCGGCAGCCCAGGCCGCCAAGUCACCAAUCAUGGCAACAGAAGCGGCUCCACAGCCCAGGCCUUCCGCACGCGGCUUGGAGUUGCCUAAGAAGAUCUCGCCACAGGCUCUUCGGGAGUCCAUCAUGGUGCUACAGGAGCAGCUGCAGGAGCGCGAGCACAGAGUCGAGGAGCUCGAACAGGCUCUCUCGAAAACAGAUCCCGAUUCGGAAUCCAAGAUUUCGAAGCGCGAUGACGAAAUCAUCUGGCUACGCGAGCUCCUUGCCGUGAGACACUCGGACCUCCAAGACAUCAUUGCCACUCUGAGUGGCGAGGAAUAUGAUCGAAAUGCCGUGAAGGAUGCAGCCAUUCGCUUGAAGGCCAAUCUGCAAAUGGAACAGCAGGAGCGCGAGAGGGCCAUGAACGGUGGCUCUUCUAUUAAUCUGCCAAACAUCGCGGCUACGAUCCGGGAUGCGGCAACACCGCGAGUCGCCCAGGCGCCUAGGGAGCGUGUUGUUGUCGCCUGCCCCCCGAACGGAAGCAGCUCGACGCCCUCAAAGAGCAGUCCGGGGCAGAACAGCUUUCUCGGCGGACUUUUGACGCCUCCUGCAUCAGGUUUGCGUCAGACACCGCCGGCCUCCGUCUCGACUAAGCAACCGACCGCCUUUUCGAAUACGGGCCGCCGGUUUACAUCGCAAGACCACUCCAGCAGGCCCCGUGGACCGUCAUCGGCCUCGUUGCAUGGGGGCAAUGUGUCAACACGAAACACGCCCCCUCGUCGUGGACUUCCCGGGCCCGUGACUCCUCCCAUGAUGCGCCCGAGUGCGUACGACACGGAUGCUCAGGCUGAAGAUUUCGACGACGCGGGCUUCUUCGACGACUGA